AUGAUUAUAAAACAGACAUUUUAUUCAGAAAUACUUGCAGUUAUGGUUAUUGCUUCUGAUAAUAUACAUCUGUUCAUCCUUAUAGGAGAAUAUUUGUCUCAAAGACCCAAGAAGCGCAAGGUAGAAGAGAUUCCAGAGAGUGAUCAUGGGGCUGGACCAUCAAGUUCAAAAACAAGACCUGACGUUAAAAAAGAUCGGGAAAAUUUCAGAAGCGCACUAGUUAAUAUCAUCAUGCAACCAGAAUCCUUUUCAACAGAAGAAGCAAAACCUGGCACGUCUGAGGCCGCAGCUGCAAUAGAAAAAGAUAUUUUGAAAUAUUACUAUUACAUUCGCCAUGGAAUAGAUACAGAACAUGUGGCCCCAAUGGACGACUCAUGGCUGGAAAAUGUCUUAGCUCUAGUACCCAAACAUUUGAAGGUACUCAGUGAAAGUAUCUACACACUCUCAGAUGAAAUGAGAGAGGACUAUCUUCUUAGUGUAAAGAAAGCAAUAGUUGACUUUGUUUUAAGAGAUCCCAGGGAAAAGGAGGAAGCCAAGAAGCAAGUUCUUCCACCUCAUCGUCAAGAAAUGGAAGUAGUGCCAAAACCUUGGAAUAAGUCCUACAUUGCAGCUCGCAAUUAUAUAAAAGAAAAUUUGUAUGCAGUGAAUCCCACAAUGAUGGCUGUUCUAGAUCUCUGGCAAACAACUUUUAAAGAUUUGCGCUUAAUUGAUAAGUUAGCAUUUCGCACUCGUCAAGACUCAAUGGAGCUCUCACUCUUCCAGAACAUGAUAUUAAGACAAAUGGAAACUGCCAAGGAUACUCUUUUUAAAAAGUGGUUCCCAGAAGUGCAAAAUAUCUAUUACCAAGGCAAUAAACGAAAGCAGGUGCCUACCAAUGCCAGCAGUGCCCAAUUAGAAGCUUUCUUCAACUGUGCUGCAACCCUAAUGACUCAGCAACUGCAAAGUCUAGCUUUAAAUUCAAUGGAGGACUUCACGAAUUUAAUUGUGCAACCUACGAAAUCUAUCUAUGCCUUUGAACAUUCUGGAUUUAUAAUGCGACUGAUUCUUGAGAAUGAAAAUAUUACAUUUGAACCUGAGUUUAACGACUAUGAGGCCAUAUUCAUGAAUAUUUUUGCAAUCAUGGUAAAAGCUGUUAAUAUGUUUCCAAGAGUGGAGACCAAGCUUUAUUCAAAGUGGCCUGAAAGCAAAGCCAAAUCCAUGAAUUUGAAGCCUAUCAUCCUCGAUGAAAUUCUGGAUGCACAUAAGCAGAAAAUUAGGAGUGAGAUUGCCAAGGAGAGUGUGGCACCGACGGAACAUCUCAAAUUGUAUGAUAAGUACCACGAUUUGAUAACCAAACAAGCAGAGCGGGAUAUUGAUCAGUUCCUCUCCGAGGAGCACACAUUUGAAGAAAUAACAGCCGAAGUCGCCAGAUAUCAAAGCAUCCGUGAUGACAUUCAGUACCACUCCAGAAAGUGUAUUCGUCUAGGAAUGUUUGAGUUACAUUGCGACGAACUGAUCAGAUCACUGGCAAAACGAGCUGAUUCAAUUUGUUCCAAAAUAAUUGGCAAAAUGUUCAAGGAUCAUCAGGAUCUAAACACAAGACUGUGUGAUGAGUUUGAGAGGAUAGCAGAAAGAGCCCUUUCCACCCCAUCAAAUACGCAUGAGUUAAUGGAAUUUAAGGCGUAUAUAGAGAAAGUGGAACAAGUUGACAUGCUGGAAAUGGAACAAAAAUUAAUUGAUGUCAAAAAUUCCCUGGCCUUCCUGAUAGAAUGUGCAAACUUUUCACCAGUUGAUAUUCGACUAAAUAAUAGCGUUUUCCAGUGGUAUGGACGAAUGGGGGAGAUUUUCGAAGAACACAGAAAGAUCAUUAAAGAAAAAACUGAACAGUUUCAAGAAGGACUUAAAAUGCGCUGUGAAAGAUUUGUGGAGGAACUGGAGAGUUAUGCUAAGCAAGUUGAAGAAUUUUAUUCUUACGGUGACAUUCAAGAGGUCAAUAGAUAUUUGAAAAAAGCCCAAGCCCUGAAUACCAAGUUAGAUGCAGCUGCUGAUAAGAUUGAUCAGUUUAACGCAGAAGAGGAGGCUUACGGAUGGCUGACAUCUCAGUACCCUCAGCGUAAAAAAAUUCAAGAUACUCUGAAACCAUACCUUCAGCUUUAUGAAUUGACAGUAGAGUUCAACACCAAAUAUAGGAACUGGAUGGAUGGAAUAUUCACUAAAGUGAAUCCAGAUCAAGUUGAGCAAGACACGGGAAACACUUGGCGUGCACUGUAUAAGUUAGAAAGAACUUUCCACGACUCUCCAAAUGCAUUAUUUCUAACAACAAGGAUCAAGACCAAGGUGGAAGAAUUUAAGGAACACAUUCCAUUGGUUCAAGUAAUCUGCAACCCUGGUUUGCAAGAUCGUCAUUGGGAGGCCAUGUCAAAUAUAGCCGGGUACCCUCUGAAGCCUUCUGAAGAUUCAACGGUCUCUUCUUAUAUUGAUAUGCAUCUUGAGCAAUAUUUAGAAAAAUUUGAAAGCAUUAGUGAAACAGCCAGCAAAGAACAUUCACUUGAGAAGGCCAUGGUGAAAAUGAUUUCAGAAUGGGAUACCAUGGAAUUUAUUCUCCUUCCUUACAGAGAAACAGGGACUUAUAUUUUAUCAGCUGUAGAUGACAUUCAAAUGUUGCUGGAUGACCACAUAGUCAAAACUCAGACCAUGAGAGGAUCUCCUUUUAUCAAACCUUAUGAGAAAAAAAUGAGAGACUGGGAGUCAAAACUUUUGUUGGUACAGGAAAUCUUGGAUGAGUGGCUGAAAGUUCAGGCUACCUGGCUUUAUUUGGAGCCAAUUUUUACUUCUCCGGACAUUAUGGCUCAGAUGCCUGAAGAAGGUAGACGAUUCACCACUGUGGACAAAACUUGGAAGGAUAUCAUGAAACAUGCCAUUCAGGACAAACAUGUUCUUACAGUAGUGAUGAUAGAGAAGAUGCUGGAACGACUGAAGAAAUGCAAUGAGUUGUUAGAAUUAAUUCUUAAGGGUCUAAAUGAGUAUCUAGAAAAGAAACGCCUGUUCUUCCCUAGAUUCUUCUUCUUAUCCAAUGAUGAACUCCUUGAGAUUCUCUCAGAGACUAAAGAUCCUACAAGAGUAAAGCCUCACUUGAAAAAGUGUUUUGAAGGAAUUGCUAGUGUUGAGUUUACUGAAGUCCUGGAUAUUACACACAUGAAAAGCAGUGAAGGGGAAGUUGUGGAACUUAUCAACACAAUAUCAACAGCUAAAGCGAGAGGCCAAGUGGAAAAGUGGUUAGUUGAAUUGGAAUCAAGUAUGAUAAAUUCCAUCCACAAGGUGAUUGGUUCUGCAAUAGAUGCUUAUCCAAAAUCUCUCCGUGUAAACUGGGUCAGGGAAUGGCCCGGACAGACAGUUCUUUGUGUAUCCCAGGCUUUUUGGACUCUUGAAGUGCAAACAGCUAUUAAAAAUGGCCAGCAGGCCCUUGAGGAUUACCUGACCCAGUGCAAUGGGCAGAUUGACGGCAUUGUCACCUUGGUGCGCGGAAAGUUGUCAAAACAGAAUCGAGUGACCCUUGGAGCACUUGUGGUCCUGGAUGUUCACGCUAGGGAUGUGCUUGUGUCUCUUGUAAGCAAGCGUGUCAGUGAUGACAGCGACUUUGAAUGGUUAAGUCAGCUGAGAUACUAUUGGCAGGAAGGGCAUCUAGAAACAAAGAUGAUAAAUGCUGAAUUGCGGUAUGGAUAUGAAUACCUUGGCAAUACUCCAAGAUUGGUUAUUACUCCACUUACAGAUAGAUGCUACAGAACUUUGUUUGGUGCUCUUCACCUUCAUCUUGGUGGUGCCCCAGAAGGGCCUGCUGGAACUGGAAAAACUGAAACAACGAAGGAUUUAGCAAAGGCUGUUGCCAAGCAAUGCGUGGUUUUCAAUUGUUCUGAUGGAUUGGAUUAUCUUGCUCUGGGGAAAUUCUUCAAGGGUUUGCUUUCAUGUGGAGCCUGGGCUUGUUUUGAUGAAUUUAACAGAAUUGAUUUGGAAGUAUUGUCUGUCGUGGCCCAACAAAUUCUUACAAUCCAAAGAGGUCUUCCAGUGGCUUUGUUUCGGACUGUUGCUAUGAUGGUACCUGAUUAUGCCAUGAUUGCUGAAAUUGUCCUGUAUUCCUGUGGAUUUGUGACUGCACGGCCACUCUCUGUGAAAAUUGUAGCUACCUAUCGUCUGUGUUCAGAGCAGUUGUCUUCACAGCACCACUACGAUUAUGGGAUGAGAGCAGUAAAAUCAGUGCUCACGGCAGCUGGUAAUCUGAAGUUGAAAUAUCCAGAAGAAAAUGAAGAGAUUUUGCUGCUUAGAUCCAUAAUAGAUGUCAAUUUGCCUAAGUUCUUAUCCCAUGAUCUCCCACUUUUUGAGGGCAUCACUUCAGAUUUGUUUCCUGGUGUGAAGUUGCCAAAACCAGAUUAUAAUGACAUCCUGGAAGCGAUCAAGACAAACUGUGAGGAAAUGGACUUGCAAAUGACCAACUUCUUUGCAGAGAAAAUCUUACAGAUAUUUGAAAUGAUGAUCGUGCGCCAUGGCUUUAUGAUCGUUGGAGAACCCUUUGGUGGAAAGACCUCUGCCUAUCGUGUUUUGGCAGGUGCACUGGGGGACCUGUGUGAAAAAGGGCUCAUGGAGGAAAAUAAGGUUCAGAUCACUGUUAUCAAUCCCAAAGCUAUAACCAUGGGGCAGCUCUAUGGACAGUUUGAUCCAGUCUCCCAUGAAUGGUCUGAUGGUAUCCUCGCUGUCAGUUUUCGAGCAUUUGCUUCUUCAUCUACACCAGAUAGAAAAUGGCUUAUUUUUGAUGGACCAGUGGAUGCUGUAUGGAUUGAGAAUAUGAAUACUGUGCUAGACGAUAACAAGAAACUCUGUUUAAUGAGUGGUGAGAUCAUCCAGAUGUCACAGCAAAUGAGCCUCGUUUUUGAACCGAUGGAUUUAGAAGUUGCUUCUCCUGCUACUGUGUCUAGGUGUGGAAUGGUCUACAUGGAGCCUCAUAUGCUAGGCUGGAGACCUUUGAUGUUGUCUUGGUUACAUCUAAUGCCCCCUACAGUCACCACUUUGCAUAAAGAAUUUAUAACAGGCUUAUUUGAUAGAAUCAUCCCACUUUCUGUUGAAUUUGUUAGAAAAUGUACAAAGGAACUUUCUCCAACAUCAGACACAAACCUGGUUCGGUCUUUAAUGAAUCUCAUGGACUGCAUGAUGGAUGAGUUUCACAAUGAAACAAAACUUAAAACUAUUACUGACCGCGAAAUAUUUUCAUGGCUUGAGAGCAUUUUUGUGUUUGCACUCACAUGGUCUGUUGGAGCCAGUUGUAAAGAAGAAGAUCGACUGAAAUUUGACAAGAUUGUGCGUGAACUGCUUGAGGGGCCAAUGACUGAUGAGACAAGAGAAAAGUAUAAAUUGUUGAGUGGGGUUGAGCAUUUCCGGGCAAAAAUCUUAACUGUUCCCUAUCCAGAAGAUGGAACAAUUUAUGAUUACCGAUUUAUCAAAGAUGGAGCUGGAAGAUGGGAACCAUGGAUAGAAGCACUUCAGUCAGCUCCAUCUAUACCAAAGGACAUGCUGUUCAAUGAAAUAAUUGUUCCCACUUUGGAUACUAUACGAUACUUUUCAUUAAUGGACUUACUGACAACACAUCAAAAACCUACCAUAUUUGUUGGACCCACAGGAACUGGCAAGAGUGUAUAUAUUAUA